AUGCCGUCUCUAACGUCUCUCGCCAUUGUAUCAAUCUUCAUGAUUUUCAUCUGUUCUCUAUCGAGUGUUUCAUCUGAUUGUAGCAGUUGUUGUAACUAUAACACUGGCUGUAGUACAGCUUAUAAAGGCGGUCCAGCUCAAUGUUGUGGCUCAGGCUUUUUUAAAUUUUGUUGCCCGACCAGAUCAACUUGUGGUUCCUACCCUUAUUGCAAAAGUUAUUAUUAUUGGGGAAAUUUGACACUCGCUGGACUAAUCAGCGUCAUUGUCGGUAGUAUUUUUGGAUGUAUCUUUUUAAUUACAUUAUGUCAUCAUUUGUGCAAAAGACAACGCCGACCAACAGGAGCAUCUGCAAUUGUUUUACCACAAACAUUUCAGAAUACUGGUAUCCACCAAGCACCGCCACCUUAUUCAUCUUCAACUAAAGCAUAA